CCUCGCGCCGGCUCAGAUCAUCCCGUCGGCACCACACCCAUGAUGUCGCGCUCUCUAGGCGGGGUGCUGGACGAGAACCUGCUGGUGCACGGUACCAAGAACGUCUCGGUCGUCGAUGCUUCCAUGCUACCUUUGCUCAUGAGCGCUCAUCCUCAGAGCAUCAUCUACGGAGUUGCCGAACUCGCAGCGGACCUGAUCAAGAUUCGACACGCUUGA